AUGACGAAUGAGCCGCAAAAAAUUCAACUUGACAUCGAAAAGUCCAUUGCUUCUACGGCCUGUGAUGAGGACGCGGACCUUAAAAAGGCCCGGAAACUUACAGAAGAACACUUGGCCAGAUACAACAAGAUCUUAAACGAAUUCGAUGAGGAGGAGGAGGUCCCUCCGGACAGUUACCUGGCACGUACCCGUCUGCGGAAGGAGUUCGACCAUUUGGAAAGGUGGGGAAGGGACAUUGGAUUGUAUCAGUACGAGAAGAACACCCCAAAGUACGCCUUUAUUACCCUCCCUUCCGUUACAAAAUUAUCAAUUAUCGACUCUCUAGAAGCCAUGGAUUGUACGAUGAGGAACAUGCGCGGUACCGUGAACGACAAGAAGCACUCCUGGGCAGAAAGACAUCAUAAACUCGUGCCUCCAGAGUCAGACUGUAGGGCGCGUCUGGCCCGUUUGGUCAACUUAUUGAGGUGCAUUGUCAUCGAACUGGAACUAUUAGUCGACCCGGAAGACGAAAUCCACGCCAGGGAAGGGGAUGCAAGAACUGGUAUCAAGGCGCUUUUCCGAAGCUGUGCAACCGACUUUACGAUAGUUUUCAAGCGUAUCGAAGAUGGCGACAAGCAUCUGAAGAACAAGCUACGAUACGGACAUCUCGAAGGCCCGCGCAACGACUUCAUCAUGUGGGGCCGUGAAGCUGGGGUUCUUCUUGGUGAUGAAAUCUCUCUGGAGGCUAAAGUCGCCAACUCAGACAGAAGCGAGAGCCGAAAUCAGAUCGUGGAAACUCUCGUAUGCGUCAAAUCGGCCUUAGAAGCGAUGUUUGAGUUACUGCCGGAGAAGCGCGUCUUGGGGGAGGAUCUUGCGAUAACAGACGCAGACGACAAUUCGAAUUCGACCCUUAGCCUUACGGAACGUGCGAAAACGCUGGAAGAGCAAAUGGCGGUACUCCAUCAAUACAACGAAUCUCUGGUGAGCCGCACGAAGAACAUCGGGCAGCACUCUUUGGGAUCGAACAGCUUUAUUGUGGAGGAUGGAAAUGAUACUGCAACAGUUACUCGACAAUGA